AUGGGAAAGGUAGAGAAAAAGUCUGUCUCAUUAUUCUCCACCCAUGGACUCUCUACGAAGUCCAAAGCUUUGAUUCAAACUGGAAAACAAAUUAAUGAAAUCAACAAUGAAAAUAAAAAAGUAGAACAUUCAGACAUCAAUACAAAUACCAACAUAUUAAUAAAAAAAUCAGAUGAAAGUGAAAAUGAUGAAGAUUGGGAAACAGUAGGUUAUAAAAAGGCGAGCAAAAUUCAAAAACGAAAAGCUACAACAACAUCAACAACAGAUACUCAACAACAACAAAUCACUUAUUCAGACGUGACUACUGAAGGCGUUCAUUCAUACUUUUCAUUUGGAAAAGCUGAAACAAAACUUAAACCAUUAUCUACUAAAAAGAACUUUCAAGGACUACGAAGAACACAAGCACAAUAUCAGACAAAUUCUUCGCUGAACAACAAUAUUAAUGCAAGAAAUAACCAAUUACAUCUACCACCAUUCAAAAUAGAAUUUGAAAAUCAGCAAAAACCACCAGAAAUACAAGUGUUAAAUGAUCUUGUUAAACAAAAUCAUAAAUUAAAUAUCAGUACAGCUUUUUAUUCCAAAUAUAUUCAAUCACAUAAUGUACUGUUACUAUUUGCAAAUGAUUCAUCAACUUAUGAAAUGCUUUUCGAGAAUAGUUCAUGGCCAAAUUUAAUUUGUAAUUUAUCAUUCAAAGUUACUUUGCCUCGUCGAAUUCCUGUUUCAUAUUCUGUUAUUGUAAAUCGCAUUCCUCGUGAAUGGAAUGUAGAUACAAUUCAUCCUCUUAUUGCUGAACGUUAUACAUCAACAGAUCGUGUUACAAGAAUAUUUCGUGAUGAUCAACCUACUACUAAAGUUCGAAUCGAUUUUCACUCUCAAGAUGAUGUUAAUUUGAUUCUUAAAAACGGCUAUAUUUACAUAGAUAGCAUCCGGUAUACAGCAACAACUUAUAAACCGCUUACUCAAAUUGAUCGAUGUUUUAAAUGUCAGCAAUUCGGACAUAAAAUUCAUAAUUGUAUGAAUGAACCAAAAUAUUAUAAAUGUGGAGAAAUUCAUACUUACAAUCCAAAUUGUUUAAAUCCUAUUAAAUGUGCUAAUUGUGCAGGUUCUCACAUAGCAGGAGCACCUCAAUGUCCGGCUAAAAUAUCUUAUCGCAAAAAUCAACAGCAACAACAGACUACAAGCAUGAUUUCUAAAUCUACAGCUACUCCUUAUCUACCUUCUUCAGCUCGCCUAUAUUCAACUGUUUUGCAAACAAUGUCAUCUCAUGUUAAUUCCAAUACACAAUCUACAGCAUUACCUGAACCAUCAAAAUUCGAACAAACUGAUCAAUCAUCUGUCAUUAUUAAAACACUAAAAGACGAAAUUACUAAAUCACACGAUAUUCUUAUAGACAAAAUUUUGCACAUUGAACAAAAAUCUGACUUAGCUAUGCAACAACAUCUUUCGUCACUUCAAAUGAUUGAAACUCAAAUUGUACCUUAUUUGUUCUCUAUGUCGGAAUUGCUGGUUAAUGUAUAUGAUAAAUUAAGUGAAAAGAAAAUAAUUCAAGCAACUGACCAACAAAAAACAAAACUUUCUUUUCUACGUGCUCUUUCAACUACUCGUAAAAAAUCAUCAAUAUCACAUUUUACUUCGAAUACAUCUAUUUCUUCUCCACUUCUUAUUCGCACUCAGGCUCAAUCAAAUUUAUGUUCAUUGACUACACCUACAUGCAAUCAACCACAGUCAACCUCUUUAUCACAACUAUCACUCGAAUCGAAUCUCAAUAAAAACUUAUUUUUACAAAAUGAUUAUUUUCAAUGA